CAAACAGCAGACAGAACGAAUCCACGAGAGUCAUGUUUCGACUUCUGCUGCUUUUGGGGUUUUUCAGCCUUGGUGUCUGUCUUCCUCGUCAGUAUCAGUUCAUUAAUGAGAAUAAGACCUGGUCUGAAGCACAGAGAUACUGCAGAGAGAAUUAUGUUGAUUUAGCCCCUAUUAAUAACACUGAAGAGGACUUGGCCCUUACAAACAUAAUAGACAUCUGGAACAGCAGGCGAACCUGGAUUGGACUGUAUGAUGAUCUGAACAGCUGGAAAUGGUCUCUGGAUGAUGAUUCUUUCUACAAGGAGGGAGAGAGAAGCUUUAGAAAUUGGUAUAUACGGAAACCAAGAGGCUGGUAUGGAAUGCGUUUGUGUGUGUAUGUAUCUAAUUAUGAUGGAGUUUGGUGGGAGACAUCUUGUUCCACAAUGUUUUAUUUCAUUUGCUUUGAUGGCAGAGUGAAUGCCAGUGAAAGAUAUGUCCCGGUUUAUCAGAGAAUGGGCUGGACUGAAGCUCAGAGAUACUGCAAAGAGCACUACACAGACCUGGCUAGCGUGAGGAACGAGACUGAGAACCAGAAGAUUAGAUCAAUGCUUAAUAAUACGUAUGAUUCACGUUUUUGGAUCGGCCUGUACAGAACCAUGUCUUGGUCAGAUAAAAGCAACUCUUCAUUCAGCAACUGGAAACCUGGACAACCAGAUGGUUAUGGACAGACUAAAACCUGUAUUGCUGUGUCAUUUAAUUAUAAUGAUUAUUAUUCCUAUUAUUAUUAUUAUGGGAAAUGGAUAGAUGAAAACUGUGAUGAUGCUUUUCCAUUCUUCUGUUACAGCACAAUGUCAUCAUUAACCUCUCGUCAGUAUCACUUUGUUAAUGAGAAUAAGACCUGGACUGAAGCACAGAGAUACUGCAGAGAGAAUUACACUGACCUGGCUACUAUUGAUAACAUGGAGGAAAUGAACACACUACUUAACACAGUAAAUGGCAGCUACUCAGGUUUAGCCUGGAUUGGACUGUAUGGUGAUGAGGACAGUUGGAGAUGGUCUCUGGAUGAUGAUACUUUUUACCAGGCGGGAGAGAGAGACUUCAGAGGAUGGGAACAUCAACCUGAUAACUAUAAUGGAAACGAGAUGUGUGUUUAUAUUACAUCCGAUGGGACCUGGUCUGAUGGAAACUGUUACAAUUAUUUUCAAUUUGUUUGCUCUGAUGGAUGGAAUGGAACAAAAAGUUUCACAUUGAUUAAACAGCCCAUGUCUUGGAUACAGGCUCAGCAUUACUGCACAGUGUAUUACACAGACCUGGCCAGUGUGAGGAACCAAGCAGAUAAUGAACAAAUCCUUAAUCUCACAGGUGGCUCUAACACUUGGAUUGGUCUAUACAGAACCAGACUCUGGUCAGACAAACGGGAAUAUAUGUAUGAAAACUGGAGACCAGCCACUCAGUUUAUACCUGAACAGCCAGAUAAUGGUGCAUAUGUUUAUUGGGAAUAUGGUUUUCAGCACUGCACUGCUGUAUCUCUCACAGAUUCAGGCUACUGGACAGAUGAGAGCUGCAUAAUCACAAUCCCUUUUUUCUGCUAUAAGAAAUCCUGCACAGCAUCCUCAUGUUCCCUCUAUGAGUAUCACUUUAUUAAUCAGAAUAAGACCUGGACCGAAGCACAGAGAUACUGCCGAGACAAAUACACUGACCUGGCCACCAUUAACAGUAUAGAAGAUGUGACGAGACUCCUUAAUACAGCCACAGCAUAUGACAUCUACUUAGGUUUAGCCUGGAUUGGACUGUAUGAUGAUCUAAAGAGCUGGAAAUGGUCUCUGGGUGAUGAUUCUUUCUACAAGAAUGGAGAGAGAAACUUUAGAAACUGGUAUAUAAACAAACCAAGGAACUGGAAUGGGAACAGUUUUUGUGUAGUUUUUUCAAGUUACUCUACACAAUGGAGUGAGGAGUCUUGCUCUCAUACACUUCCAUUCAUUUGUUUUGAUGGUAGAGUGAAUGCCAGUGAAAGCUAUGUUUUGGUUAAACAGAACAUGAACUGGACUGAAGCUCAGAGCUACUGCAGAGAACAUUACACAGAUCUGGCCAGCGUGAGGAACGAGACUGAGAAUUACAGGAUCAGAUUAUUAUUAUUAAGUCAAUCUGAUUAUAAUAAUAAUAAUUAUUAUUAUAAUUAUUAUUAUUAUUAUUAUUAUUAUUAUUAUUAUUACCUUGUUUGGAUCGGCCUGUAUAAAACCAGAUCUUGGUCAGAUCAAAGCAACUCUUCUUUCAACAACUGGAAACCUGGACAACCAGAUAAUUACAGACAGAAUGAAUCCUGUACUGCUGUGUCAUUUAAUGAUUCUGGGAAAUGGACAGAUGAAAAUUGUAGUAAAGGUUUUCCAUUCCUCUGUUACAGCACAAUGUCCUCAAACUUUUCUCAUCAGUAUCACUUUGUUAAUGAGAAUAAGACCUGGACUGAAGCACAGAGAUACUGCAGAGAGAAUUACACUGACCUGGCUACUAUUGAUAACAUGGAGGAAAUGAACACACUCCUUAACACAGUAAAUGACAGCUACUCAGGUUUAGCCUGGAUUGGACUGUAUGAUGAUGUGGACAGCUGGAGAUGGUCUCUGGAUGAUGAUGCUUUCUACCAGGAGGGAGAGAGAGACUUCAGAGGAUGGUACCAUCAACCUGAUAACUAUAAUGGAAAAGAGCUUUGUGUUUCCAUGAACAACAAAGGGGAAUGGUUUGACAGGUCUUGUAAUGACAGAAUUCUAUUUGUUUGUUAUAAUGGUACAAACAUAUAUGUUCAGAUUUAUAACAGCAUGACCUGGGAAGAAGCUCAGAGAUUCUGCAGAGAAAAUUACAUAGACCUGGCCAGUGUGAGGAAUGAGAAUGAACUUCAGCAGAUACUGAGCAUCAUGUAUGGCUAUGAGAUAUGGAUAGGUCUGUAUAGGAACCGGUUAUGGUCAGAUCAGAGCAACUCAAAAUUUACAUAUUGGAGACCAGCAUUUCCAGCACAAGGACCAGAACCUGAUAAUGGUUUGAAUGUAUUUGGUCAAUAUGGAAAUCAACACUGCACAGCUGUGGAUCAUUCAGGCCAAUGGACAGAUGAAAACUGUUCAGACCGCUUACCUUUCGUCUGCUACACUGAUUUCACUCCAGGUGCUGUUAUGGGAGUGCGACUGAAAACCAGAUCUAAUGACAAUCUCUUAUACUCUGAGGUUGCACGAUCUGUGCUGAUGGCACUUGAAGAACAAGUUAGCAAACUGGGACUUUCAAAGAACUGCACUGUGACCAUGAGACGCAUCCGUAAGAUCGAUCCAUGAAGGAGAAAGUCCACAUUCAUGCUCAGAUUAUAAAACAUAUGUUCCAGAUUUUGUGAUGAUUUAAUUUUUGUUUCAUUCAUUGAGCAAUCAUUUAAUCCAGAAGCAUUUAUAAAUGAUUUAGAGAUCUGUUCAUACAAAAUUACUCAUGACUGCAAAUCUCAUAUAAUCACGUAUAAAUGGUUUACAAUUAAUUGAAACAGUUUACUAUAACUGAUAUAUAUAUAUAGUUCUCAACAGCUUCCUGGAUUUGACAAAAUUAUAACAAUAAUAUUGAGUAUAAUAAGAAUAUACUAAAUA